AUGAAUUAAUGUCUUAAUAAAUUAUUUGGAUCACUAGAUCACUUAUAUGAGGCUUUAUUUCAAAAAAUAAUUGAAAUAUUUGCAAGAAGAGGGAUCAUUAGACCAUUAAUUCGAAGACCAACAGUCCCAGUUAUAGAAUUACAACCAAUUGAACAUUAAUUAAAAUAACCAUUAGUCUUACACUCUUGUACAUCUACACCUGUGUUUGCUUAAAGUGAGUCAAUUUAUCGUAGAGCAGAAUCAGAGAAAGAUUUUAGAAAAUAUGUAAUACCGAAGUAUAUAAUUUAAUUAAUUAAGUCUAGGUGACACUAUAAAUAAAGUGGACUCUUAUUCUAGAGAUGUUAGUUUGUUAAAUUUAUUUGAAGAUAAUUAGGAAAAUAACUAGAAUUUAAAAUUAUAGGAUAUUUAUGAAAAAGGACAUAAAUUGUAGACAAUAAUUGAGGAAAAUAAAAUUUAAUAUAAUAGUCAUGAAGGAUAUCAAAGUCAAAACUAAUCAUAACAAUUUAUACAAAAUCAAUAAUAACCAUUAGAUAGUAAUAAUCAUAAGGAAUAAUAAUAAUAAUAAUAAUAAUAAUAAUAUAAUUUAAACUCUUAAGAAUAAGAUUAAAAUGAGUAGUUUUAUUCUAUAAUUGAUAAUCCAGUCAAAAUUACUUAAUCUGAAUAGUUUUAUAGUAUAAUAGAUAGAAGUUCUUUUAGACUUAGUUUUAACAAAUAAUAAUCUAAGAAAUGA